AGCAUUGGCUCGAAGAAAGAUUGGAACCAUUCGGAUAACGUCCGUCGCUGCUCGAAGAAAGAUGCCUGGAAAGAUGUCGCGCAUGAAGAUCGAGGCCGCGAUGAAAGGCAAGCGAAUGCCCUUCGAUGACCAGGUUUUGGACUACCUGCUGAACGUGGCGAGUUCCUCCGCGUCCAAAGAGCUUGUGGAGCUGAUGGAGGAUUUCUGCCCGAACUGGCAGAAGCAUGAGCGCAUCGCUUUGGCGGCCCUCCUGGCGAGGGAAGCUGGCAGAGGUGACGGCCCCGACCACUCUUCCAGAUCAGCACCGUCGGUUCCAGCGCCCGAUGCAAGCGAUGCAGACAUGUUGGCACAAGACAUGGCCCUGGCACAAAUGCUGCAGGAAGAGGAAGAUGCAAAGUACACAAAUAAUCCUGGGCAAAGCGGGCAAAUGAGCUCCAAGAAAGGCAAGAGGGCCUUCAAGCCCUUGAAUAUCAACUACACGGUGGCCAGAGGCGGCAAUGCUCCUCCAGCACUGGGAACGGCGGCUCCUAGCAGCCUAGCAGAUGUGCUCAGACAGAAGCGCUCACAGCAGGUCCUUGACACUGGGCCUCCCAAUUUGCCAGCGCUGAAUGCUCCCAGCGAGCGGCCCACUCCAUGGACGCCGUCGGGCUUAACCUGGGCUGAGAAGCUUCAGCUUUCUCAGGAGCCUGUGCAGGAGGAAGGUGGUUGGCACCAUGUGCAACGCUCUGUGGUGUUGCAGGUGCGAGUACGCGCCAACAGGGCGGAACAUGUGGUGGAGGCCACCUCAGAAGAAACGGUGGGGGAUGUGAAGAAACGCUUGGAGAAGAUGCACGGCUUUGCCUUUAAUUUGCAACGGCUCCUCCAUCUUGGUCGAGAGCUCCAAGACGAUGAGGCCUUGCAGAGUUUGUCGGCCACCAACGGCCAGAUCGUCAUGCAGCUGGUCAUGCGGCAAUCGGCCCCACGCCCGGCCAACCUUCAGCUUCGCUUGCAGAUGCCCGGCGGCAGCCAGCCCAUGGCCACAGAGGUGCCAGAGAAGGUCACCGGAGACGGCUUGAAGGAGCAAAUCCAGAGGGAGCAUGGUAUCCGUAAGGACCACCUAAGCCUCAGCUUUUUCGGCCACCCUUUGCAAGAUCACCUGACCCUAGCACAGCAGGGCGUUGCCAACGGUGGUUGCAUCUCCGUGUCUUUGGCACCACCACCCGAGCGGCCCGAGCAGCGGUUCCCGGCACCGGAGCCGCCGGCAAGAGACACAGAUGAACGGACGCAGCUGAUCCAAAAGGUCUUUGCUGCAUUGAAUCGAAGCCACACUGGCCACCUCAAUGCAGAUGAAAUGCGGCCCUUUGCCAACCAAACCGGCUUUGAAGGCUCGGAUGCGGAGUGGCGAGGAGAAUUUGAUUCGCUUCGGCAUGAGUGUGGCUCUGGCCCAGGGAUUUCACUGCACCACUUUCAGCGAUUGGUCAAUGAUGACAGCGAUGCUGGUUGCUACUGUUUGGAUGACGAGCUCCGAACAUUGCUGCAGUCCGUGCAGAGAGCAUCGACGAGCACUUCGGCACCGCCGCCACCAAUGCCGCCACCGAAGCCUGGGAAUGGAAAGGCCGACGGCCUGACAAAGGGGCCAAAUCUGGAGCCAAAGAGAGCAGCACCGCAGCCGGAGCCUCGAAACCGAGGGCCGCCCGCAGCGCCCGCAGCCGCUGAUGGAAGGACUCGGCUAAUUGAAGAGGUGUUCACUGCUUUGAAUCGAAGUCGCACUGGCAACCUCAAUGCCGAUGAAAUGCGGCCCUUUGCCAACCAAACAGGCUUUCAGGGCUCAGAUGCAGAGUGGCAAACGGAGUUUGAUUUGCUCCGGAAAGAAUGUGGCUCCGGCUCAGGGAUUUCGUUGCACCACUUUCGGCACUUGGUCAAUGAUGACAGCGAUGCUGGGUGCUACUGUUCAGAUGGGGAGCUACGAACCGUGCUGCAGUCCAUGCAGAGAGCAUCGACAAGCCAGGCGCCACAAAGCCAAGUGCCUCGCAGAGGUCCUGACUACGGAGCCCCCAAUGGCGAUCAGGGCAUCGUUGAUCGCCAAGCUGCAGCCAAAGCGGCCAAGGCAAUCAACGAUGAACGGACUCAACUCAUCCAAGAGAUUUUCACUGCUUUGAAUCGAAGUCGAAGUGGCCACCUCAAUGCCGAUGAAAUGCGCCCCUUUGGCGACCAGACCGGUUUCGAGGGCACAGAUGCAGAGUGGCGACAAGAGUUUGAUUUGCUCCGGAAGGAAUGUGGCUCCGGCCCGGGGAUUUCACUGUUCCACUUUCAGCGCUUGGCCAAUGAUUCAAGCGACGAUGGUUGCUACUGCUCUGAUGAGGAACUUCGAAGACUGCUGCAGUCCCUCCAGGGAGGAUCGACUAGUGCCUCAAUGCCGCCAGAGCCACGAAACUGGGCACCUGCAGCAAAGGGCAAUGCCGAUGAAAGAGUUCAGCUCAUCGAGCAGGUGUUCAACACCUUGAACCGAAGUUGCACUGGCUACCUCAAUGCGAGUGAAAUGCGGCCUUUUGCCAACCGGACUGGUUUCGAUGGCACAGAUGCAGAGUGGCGGCAAGAAUUUGAAUUGCUCCAGAAAGAGUGUGGCUCUGACACAGGGAUUUCACUGCACCACUUUCACCGCUUGGCAAAUGACUCCUCCGACGAUGGCUGCUAUUGUUCGGAUCAAGACCUUCGAGGAUUGCUUCAGUCCAUGUCGGAAGGCAACUCAGCGCCUGUGAGGCCGCCUGUGACGCCGCCUGAGCCUCACAGGCCAGCAGACUAUGGAACCCUGAAUGGUGAGGCGGCCGCCACUACGAAUCAAGCAAUGGGCAUUGUCGAUGAAAGAGUUGAGCUUAUCAAGCAGGUUUUCAUUGCACUGAACCGAAGUCGCACUGGCUUCCUCAAUGCGAGUGAAAUGCGGCCUUUCGCCAACCGAACUGGUUUCGAUGGCACAGAUGCGGAGUGGCGGGAAGAGUUUGAUUUGCUCCAGAAAGAGUGUGGCUCUAACACAGGGAUUUCACUGCACCACUUUCAGCGCUUGGCAAAUGACUCCUCCGACGAUGGCUGUUAUUGUUCGGAUCAAGACCUUCGAGGAUUGCUUCAGUCCAUGUCGGGAGCAUCGACCAGCAACUCAGCGCCUGUGACUCUGAACAUCGUGGUAGGCUUGCAGGAGGCCAGCAGUCACAGGAGGCCAGCAGCAGAGGGCAUUUCCGAUGAAAGAGUUCAGCUCAUCAACCAGAUCUUUACUGCACUGAACCGAAGUUGCACUGGCUACCUCAAUGAGAGCGAAAUGCGGCCUUUUGCUAACCGAACGGGUUUCGAAGGCACAGAUCCAGAAUGGCAAGCAGAAUUCCACUUGCUCCAGAAAGAGUGUGGUUCCGGCCCAGGGAUUUCAUUGUACCACUUUCAGCGUUUGGCCAAUGACACAUCUGAUGAUGGUUGCUAUUGUUCUGACGAAGAUCUCCGAGACUUCCUUCAGUCCACGUGUGGAAGGGCAACUAGCCAAGCAGCGCCUGUGGCACCGCCUGAGCCUCGCAGAGGGCCAGCUGACUACGCGGACUACUUUGGAACCCCGAAUGGUGCGGGCGCCGCUACGAAUCACGCUCCCUGGAAGGCACUGGGCACCCCUGAAAGGACUCAUCUCAUCGAGAUUGUUUUCACUGCCUUGAACAAAAGUGGCACUGGCUACCUCAAUGCGGAUGAAAUGCGGCUCUUUGCCAAUCAGACAGGUUUUGAGGGCACUGAUGCGGAGUGGCGAGAAGAAUUCUCCUUGCUGGCGCGAGAGUGUGGCUCCGUUGAGGGGAUCUCACUGAACCACUUUCAGCGUUUGGCGAACGACUCCUCGGACGAUGGUUGCUACUGUUCGGACGAGGAUUUCCGAACAUUGUGGGGAUACUUGGUGGGUAACUCAACGGCGGCACCACUUGCUUGCCCUGCACCUGGCAGCAAGAAGAACAAUGAACCUGAGAAAAGCUAUGGUGCGGCCACCAACUCUCGGAGCAGUCAUGGUCAUGGCGCAAGUGGCACCAACGACAGGACACAGCUUAUUCAACAAGUGUUCACUGCUUUGAACCGAAGUCGCACUGGCUACCUCAAUGCUGAUGAACUACGGCCCUUUGCCAACCAGACUGGUUUCGAGGGCACAGAUCCAGAAUGGCAAGCAGAAUUCCACUUGCUCCAGAAAGAGUGUGGUUCCGGCCCAGGGAUUUCAUUGUACCACUUUCGGCGUUUGGCCAACGACUCCUCCAACGAUGGUUGCUACUGCUCGGAUGAGGGGCUCAGAACAUUGCUGCAGUCCAUGUGGCAAGGGUCGGCUAGCUUCUCAGCGCCCAUGGCAACGCGGGAGCCUCGCCAGGAGCCAGCGGUCGCCCAGGCGAGCGGUGCAGAUGAAAGAACGCAGCUUAUUCAACAAGUGUUCACUGGGUUGAACCAAAGUCGCACUGGCUACCUCAAUGCGGAUGAGAUGCGGCCUUUUGCGAACCAGACUGGUUUUCAGGGCACAGAUGCAGAGUGGCGAACAGAAUUUAAUUUGCUCCGGCAAGAGUGUGGCUCUGGCCAGGGGGUCUCCAUGUACGACUUUCAGCGCUUGGCCAAUGACUCCUCGGAUGAUGGUUGCUACUGUUCUGACGAGGAACUCCGCGCAUUGAUGUGGUCAAUGCAGGGAGGAGGGUCGUCCAGCUCCGCCUUUAGGCCACCGCCAGGAUUGGCUCAUCCUGAGAGCUGCAGCUGAGGGCCUUUUUGUACAGUUAGGAUUAGGUCCCCUGGAAGAUGCUGAGCUUGAACGAUGGUCAAGCCAUUUUU